AUGAACAUGAAUUUACAAACAGCUCAAAAUAUUCUCAUCACUGGUUGUUCAAAGGGAAUUGGAUUGAAAUUGGUUGAACUGUUACUUUCUGUCAAUGAUAAACGUAGAGUUUUUGCAACUUGUAGAAAGCCAGAAAAUGCAACACAAUUACAAGACUUAUUACAAUUAUAUCCUGAUCGUUUGAAGAUUGAUUCUCUCGAUGUUUCUCAAGAAGAAACUAUCAAAACCUAUGUUGAAAAGAUGAAAAAUCAAAACGUUAAAUUUCACAUUCUUAUCAAUAAUGCAGGAACAUUUAGUCCAAAUCGAUUUGAAACACUUCUCAAUGCUACCAAACAAGACAUGCUCUCUGUCUAUGAGACAAAUUGUAUUGGACCUCUACUAAUGGUUCAACAUUUGUAUAAUAAUCAUUGUUUUGAAGAUGGAGCCAUUGUGGCAAAUGUAUCGAGUGGAAUGGCAAGUAUUAAUCGAACGAAUCGACCUAGAAAGAGAGUGAGUUAUUGUUGCUCGAAAACAGCGCUCAAUAUGUUAACGAAAAUGAUGAGUAUUGAGUUGGAGGGUCACGUUUACGCAUUUGCCAUACAUCCUGGUUGGGUGAAAACGGAUACUGGAACAGAUAAGGCACCAUUGACAACACAAGAGGCAGUUCCAGGAAUUAUAAAGCUUUUAGAUGAUUUUACUCCAGAGACGCACAAUGGAAAGUUUUUUCAAUAUGAUGGAUCUGUAUUGAAUUGGUGA